AUGCAAGUUAGUGCACCGUUAAACACGUCCAGUGCGGCCCAGACAAACGUGCUACACAUUCACGCAAACGAUAAUGGGGUGAAUAAUACUAGUGUUAAUAUUAAUCAACAAACUGUGUUUCAAAACAUUAACGAAACUAACCUAAGUACCGCUAAUGUCGUUGGAUUACCGAACCAUGCAAGAUAUUCAUCUGUCCCCGUGAGUAAUAUUCAAAGUAGACCUACAAACAAUAACAAUUUAGUACCGAAACAUUCUAGAAAUGUGUCGGAACCAUCCAACCACUUUUUUAAGUGUCAAAAUAAUAACAUUUUAACUCCACAACCAGGAAGUUCUGUACCGAUCCAAUACAGACACAGUGCACAACUAGAUCAUUCAAAUGUGCAACAAAUUAAUAAUUUUAGAGGUACUUCAGUGCCCAAAAAUGUGCCAAUUAUUCCUCGACACGACAUUACCACAGUAACCACUACCACUACAGCCCCUAGCACUCAUGUAAACAAUUCAAGACUAACCCAGAAGGUUAAUGCACAGGUACCAAACGAUAUAAGUAAUAUUAACGUCAAUUUUUAUAGAGCAGUGCCUGUCAAUGUCAUUUCUUCAGUACCUACAAUUCAUUGUUUAAAUACUUUGAGCAAUGUGCAAGGUAAUGAGGUAUCUAACGUACAGGUACUUCCUUUGGGAAAUCCAACGAACGUAGUAACUAGUAGUUCUUUGGUGGUAGGUACUACCCAAGUGAUACUCCAUAAUACUCAAGCGAGUAUUAAUAAUACCAACGAUAGACCUACUUUUGUAAACACAUCGACUUCUGUUUUACCAUCUCAUACAUUUUCUACUAGUACUGGUACUAACACUGCAUCCCACUUUCCUACUCAGGCUUCUACAAGUCAAGUUUUUAUACAGAACCACAGACCUACUAAUACUAGUACCGUACCUUUUGUAAACAUACAGCCUGUUUUGAGAACAAACGUCCAAGUGGAAAGUAGUACACAUAACUCCCAAACAAGACCAGUCAACACUCCUAGAACCUUCACGAGCACCGAAGCUCAAACGGAUGAAAUAUCUAUUCUACCAGCAACGAAUGAACAAACCACAACUGAUAGGGAACAAAGAAGAAAAGAACGAAGGGAAAGAAGGCACCAAAGAAGACUAAAUAACAGAUAUUCCGUGGAUAAUGGUACUCAAGUUAACAACCAAAAUGAUCGGUUGCCGGAUUUGCUCAGCAACCAUCUACCACCCCCUUAUUCACCUAUCACUAGUGCUUCUGGACCAAACGUCGGAUCGGUCAGUCCUAUGUCACCGUUGAUGACAAAUUCCGGAAUUUUGCCGCACCCUCACGGUACAGUACUCCAAACGGUUGUUCCUAAUAAUAUAGUGCCUCCCAGUGGAUUUGUUUUCCAAGGUCCGCCUCCAGUGGCACAAGUGCCUCUAGUGCAAGGACCGGCGCAAGUGGCAGUUCCUGUGCCGCCUCCUACUGGAUUUAGAUUCCCGUUUCCUGCUACAGGCUUUAGAAGGGGCAGAUUCUCCGAGGACCCUCCCAAAGGCUGCUGCGGAAUUUUGUCGUGGAAGCCGGGCUCGCUGAGAUGGUUCAUAGCCCUCAUAGCUCUAGUCGCCGUCUGCUGCGUUUUAGUGGGUACAGCUCUGGGCGCCAUGAGGCCUUCCGGAAGGGACCAUCUCACGGUUUCUCUACUAAUGAUAGGCGUUGGAAUAGUUCUGGUCACUGUAAGCGGAGUAGCAUGGAGGCUGACCUCGCACGACUCCUCAACGUGCCGAUCUAUGUUAGGCUUAGGUAGUACCGAAUCUGUGGAAGUUUGUACACGACGUUUCGUUCCCAGGCUUCCACCGGCCUACGGCCGUCCACACCAUCCGUACGCCGCUAUGAUGUACCCCGAGUUCCAGUAUAGGCCUCCCCCGCCCAGUUAUCAGGCUUCUAUGCAGGAAUAUAGGUUAAGGCUUUUGUUGCUGGAAAGAGGAAACACACCGCAGAUACAAAGUGGGAUUCAGAACGCCGUGUCGCCUCCUCCGACGUAUAGGAGUCAGUCCGGUAGUUUGUUAAGGGCUCCAACCGCUGGUCGGCGAGAUGCACAAUCGGAAUACAGUUGUCCACCGUCUUACAGAUCUCAGAGUACCAGGCCGGGUACUUUACAACCCAACUCAGUACUUCAUAGUAGGGAACAAUCUUUAAGCCUUUCAGAGUCGAAUCACGGAGGAUCGAUGGUCAACGUAGUCAAUAUUUUAGGUAGCACUGAGGAAGAUAUAGCCCUAGACAACAUUACGUUAGACUCAUUGAAGAUGGAGCCCGAGCACGACCUGAACCCUAUUAAGAUGCUGCUGAAAGGCAGCUCCAAUGAACUAGAAGGCAGCAAAGACGGCAAUCUCGUCACUAUUGUACAAACCAGUGAUCAGAGCCCAGUGAUAGUGACAGUUAGCGGUAGUUCGCAGAUAGAUAAUAGUAGUAAUGUUCAAAUUACCGAAAUACCUUCAGAAAUGGAAAUACUAGCACAUUUAUAG